AUGGAUCUCUUGAAGCUCACCAAAAAGACCCUCCACGUCUCCCGCGGAUUCACUUACACCUACUACACCUCCCGUGCUCAGGCUUCUAAGCCAACUCUCAUCCUAUUUCACGGCUGGCCUGACACGGCAUUGCUCUGGGCCGGUUUCAUCAACGAUUACCUCGUCUCAAACGGCUAUGGCAUUGUAGCCCUAGACUGCCUAGGCUACGGCGAGAGCUCCAAACCAACCGAUCCCAACUGUUAUGCGCGGCAGCAUAUGACGGCCGAUGCGGUCGAAAUUCUCGACGCCGAAAGCCUAAACAGUAUCAUAUCCCUCGACCAUGACUGGGGUAGCAUUAUGUGCCAGCGACUUUAUAACUUUUACCCCUCGCGCGUUUGCGGUGUUGUUAUGGUGAAUAACGCCUAUAGCCCCCCAGCCGGGCAGUUCGACCUUGAUGCUUGGAACAAGAUGACCAAAGAAACCUUUGGGUACGGCUUCUUCGAACACUGGCACUUCUUUACCGCAGAUGAUGGCGUGAACAUCAUGAACCAGAAUCUCGAAUCUGUGUAUAGUGCGGCCUUUGGCGAUCCCCAAAGCUACCUCGAGAACUAUAGUACCCCUGACCGCAUGCGAAAAUUUGUCACCGAGGGCAAGACGCAGCCGACACUACAAUACACUACGUCUGAGCACAAGGCAAACUUCAUGGCCCGGCUCGGUAGGGAUGGUGGCUUUAACGCCCCAAGUUGUUGGUAUAAGGCCUGGACCCUGGGUCUGCAAAACGAGGCAGAUAGCCUGGUGGCCGAGGAUGCAAAGACCAUUAAUGUGCCAGCCUUUUUCUGGGGCGCAGAGAAUGACGCUCCGAGCGUUGGUGCAGGGCUGCUGCCAAAUGUCAAGAGUGUUACAAGGGAGGGAGGUUAUUGGGCACUCCUCGAGAUGCCCGUUGAGUUUGGUCAGGAUGUGGUAGGUUGGUUACAAGCUACUUUUGGAUAG